AGCUGGUGAGGCGUUGAAACGCUGAACUGUUGACUGACAACAUACCGGUCAUUAUUUCUGAACAUGGCCUUAAAUUUAUCAAGAUCAUGAAGUUAAGGCCGAAUCCUAAUCAACACCUCGAGUUGCUGUGAUGUUGCUGUUAUGAAAGAAAAACUGAAAACAAAUGGAUGCGUUUUUGGAAACUCUUCGAGAUCAUGAUGUCAGCUCUGUCCUGACGUCCUGUGAGCCUGAACUGCAGGAGCUGAUGAGGCAGAUCGACAUCAUGGUGAAUCAUAAACGGGGUCAGUGGGAGGCGGAGGUGCGAGCUUUGGAGCUGAGGCUUCAUGACGGGCAGCGGGAGCUCCAGUCGGCCAAGGAUCUGCUGGACAAGAGAAACUCUGAGGUCCGGGGUCUCGGGGAGCAGCUUGAAGAGAUGCAGGCUGGGAAACAGGAGCUGGUCACGAAGUAUGAAGGCCAGUUAGAGCUCAUGAAAGACGAGUUGACAAAAUUGAAGCGCAGCUACGAGAAGCUUCAGCGUAAACAGCUGAAGGAGGUGCGAGACGGAGCCCGAAGCCGAGAGGAGGACAGGAGUGACAUCUCGCGCCUAAACGGCAAAUUGGAGGAAUUCCGUCAGCGCUCGGCCGAGUGGGAGCAGCAGCGUCUGCAGUAUCAGAGGCAGGUCGCUUCGUUAGAGGCCCAGAGGAAAAGUCUAGCCGAGCAGUACGCUGUUAUACAGUCUCAGUCCCAGAACACGGUCCGGGUGCAGGAGCAGGGGGAGGUGCGGCGGCUGAGGGCGCAACUGCGGCGGGCGCAGGACUCCCUGCACGCGCAAGAGCUGGAGCUGGAAAGACUGCGGGUGCUGCAGGACGAGCUGGGAGACUCGCGCAGGGAACAGCAGGUCAGCUGCAGCACCGCAGCUCACGCGCCGCGCCAGGUACUGAGUGAAGAACGGGAGGAGCUGAGGGCGACGCUGGACGCCCAGGAUCAGUUUGUGAGGAGUUCAGAAGUGCAGCAGCAGCAGCUACGCAGUGAGGUGGCGCAUCUCAACCAGGCCCUGCAGGCCAAAGAGCUCGUGAUCAGGUCUCUAGAGGACUGUCUGGCCUCUCGGGUGUCGUCUCCCGGUCUGUCCUCGCUAAGGCAGGAGCUGGAGAAAGUCAGCACCAGGCUUCAGUGUACACAGACCUGUGAGGUGCACCUGAAAGCCGAGCUCAGCCGACUGCGAGAAAAGCUUGAGAGCACACGGAGACAGAAAGCAGAGGCGAGUAAGAGAGAACAGGAGUGGAGAGAGCUGGAGGACGAACACGCUCGCCGUGCAGCGGAAAUAAAGCGGCUGCGUGAGGAGCUCCAGAGGGCCGAGCAGACUCAUAACGCCGAGGCGGACGGGAUGAGGAAGGAGGUGUCCCAGCUCACCGGCGAGCUCCAUCAGCGUGACAUCACCAUCGCCACGCUCGGUGGCUCCGCCUCCAGCGCGGAGCGCCAGUUGCUGGCUGAAGCGGAGCGGGCGGAACGGCGAGCAGCAGAGCUCAAGGUCACACGGGUUCAGCUGGAGACUCUGAAGAUUGAGAAUCAGCACCUGAAUGAUCUCUUGGAAAGAGUGGAGUCACGAUCCCCAAAGAGGACGAACGGUGAGCUGGCGAGUCUGCGGGACAGUUACGUGUCGUCUAUGAACGGUCUGGAGCAGGAGAACCAGCAGCUGAGGCAGGAGCUGGCAGAGGUCCGUGCCCGCAUGGAGGCCGGCAACCAGACCUGGCGGGACAAGUACGAGAGGGUGCUGCUGCAGAGCCAGGGCAAGAGCGCUCAUACACACCACAGAUGUGAAGAGGAGCUGAAGGCCAUGACGAGCCGCAUGCAGGAGAACACCUCUCACUACGAGCAGCAGAUCCAGACCCUCCUGAAGAAGCUGGAGGCCCUGUCCACCUCCAGUUCGCUAAACAGACCCGACGGCCAGUCUCAGGACAGCGGGCCCGCCGCCACGCCCUCGCAGACCUCUUCCUCCUCGUCUUCCUCGGCCGAUAAAGCUCGCAGGAUCGUGGCUCUGCUCAGCUCGGAGGCAGAGGAGGACAGGAGGACACAGGGCUCGGCCCCCGACCCCUUACCCCUGGACGCCGGCGCUGCGUCUCCGCCCGGCUCGGUGACCUCCCGUUUCCUGCAGGAGGAGACGCUACGGUCCGACGAGCUGCUGCGGAAACUGGACGCUCACAUACAGAGCAUGAGGGAGGAGAACGCCCAGACUGUCCGCAAGUACCUGCCCAAAGAUCACAGCAGCUCGCGCUGAGCCCACGAGUCUCGAAGCGUGGCCGUGUCCUCGACCCCGACGCUCAUGGGUUUAAUUCAGAGGGGACAUGAUCGCCGGGAAAUGAGAAUAAACAGCCGGACAGUUAGAGCUGGACGAUACGGCAGGAGUACACAGUGUGGGCGAAAGUAUUGGGACACCCUUUCUAAAUUAAGAGGUCAUGUGGUCAUGUGUUUAAUACACUCACCGAGCACUUUAUUAGGUACACCCAUUAAGCUACACCUACAAUACGGAUGAGAUUUUUGGGUAUACAGUUACUGACUGUUACUAGUCUGUUGCUCUGUACACUUUGUCAACCCUCUUCUGACCAGAUACUACAGGGCGGCGGAUCAUUCUCAGCACCGUAAUGAGACUAACGUGGCGAUAACCUGGUAGGUGCAGCAGUGUUGUUGGGAUUUUUAAUCUUUUUAGACUGUUUAAAUGUCCUGGCCUCUUUAUAAGGUUGGACUAGGGCUGUCGUCUUUCUUCAGCCUUUUUAUCAUUGGACGAUUUCUGAUCACAUGACCCUGUUUGUCAGCAGUUGAACACUUACGAAGUUCACUUCUAGGUAAUCGUAGCUUAUAAAUUAAUCACCAUAGGUGAAUGCUUUAGAUAGGCGUACUUAAUAAAGUGCUCGGUGAAUGUACAUCAAUUAUAUGUAAAAAAAACCCAAAAAAAAACAUAUGCUUCCAGCUUUGCAGCAAGUUUAGGGAAGGGCAUUUCCAGCUCUGUAAAGCACCACUCGGAACACCAAUUUAGUCAGUGGGCACAAAUUCCCAUACACAGACAUAUAUAUUUUAAUACCACGGUCAAGCUCACCAUAUCAAGCUCAUGGUCAGGUGUCCGAAUACUUUUGGCCAUACAGUGUAAGACAGCAAUACUAGGUUUUAUAUGAAUUGUAAUUAAUUUUAAACAAUAAUAACACUUUAAUGAAGAAUUGAAAUGUUAAAGCUGGCACGGUGGCUCGGUGGGUAGCACUGUCGCCUCACAGCAAGAACGCCCUGGGUUCCAUUCCCAGGUGAAGCAUUCUGGGUCCUUUCUGUGUGGAGUUUGCAUGUUCUCCCGUGUGGGUGUGUGGGUUUCCUCCAGACGCUUCGGUUUCCUCCCACAGUCCGAAGACGUCCAAGUGAGGUGAAUUGACCGUGUUUGACAUCUUGUGUAAGCAGUAACUACCGUUCCUGUCAUUAAUGGAACCAAAGUGUGUCAAUCAUGAGGUUAAAAUCCUAAUAAAUAAAUAAAUAAAUAAAUGUACUGAAAAUACGACAGGGUCUACCGGAUCACAAACACACCUACCGCAGCUUAAAAAGUCCACCACAGUCAUUCUCAUCCACAGUAUAAUGCUCUUUAACUUUCCAUGUUGAGAAUUAUAAUUCACUACAGCUGGGAACACACUGCGUCCAUAUAAACAGGGCUAGUUUAACUCCGCCCAUCACUAAGUCAUGGAACAGUGGUCUCUUCAGGGUGUGAAAUUCAGAUGUAGUCCCGAGAACCACAAAAACACAAGCGACACAAGCCUAUCCCAGCUUUUCAAUGGGCGCAAGGCACACAGUAACACCCUGCCAGUGCCAGUCCAUCGCAGGGCACACACACACAUUCACCUAUAGGGCAAUUCAGUGUCUCUAUUUUACCUGACUGCAUGUUUUUGGACUGCCGGGUGAAACCGGAGCUUCCGGAGGAAAACCAUGCAGACAUGGGGAGAACAUGCAAACUCCGCACAGAAAGGACCCGAACCUAGGACCUUCUUGCUGUGGGGCUACCCACCGAGUGCAACAAAUGAGCCCCUGCUUGUGCCUCUUCUCUGUCUAUUUAUGAAUCUCGCUUUGUGUGGUCCUUCCUCAAACUGUUGCCACAGUAUUGAAAGCGUGGCUUUUAUUUUAAACAAGUUCAACUGACCUCUGGCCGGUACAGCUUGACUUAUUAAUUAGUUGGUGUCCGCAUACUUUUGACCAUGUGUUGUGUAUUUAGUGAAGAUCUGAUGAAUCUCAGAAUGUUCAGAGGAAAAGAACACUCGGUCUGACGUGGAAUACGCGUCUUUUCCAAGUGCAUGUAAACCUUUAACCUCGGCCGUUUGUGUCUGUCCUGUAUGUUUGAUAUUUCUGUGCAGAAUUCCUCCGUCUGUGAAUUAUAUCUGUUAUUAUUUUUUGGAGUGGUGUAGACCGCUGGGGUGACUGAAUUAAAGAUUGUUUUGAUAGCCAGUU